AUGGCCAUGUACCUGAGCAGGAAAAUUUCCUCUGCAGACGUGAUCUCUCCGACUCACUUCAACCCGUACUUCCGGCGGCUGACGUUCGACGUUUCCUCGAUGGAGAAGAACGCCUCCAACCUGGUGAAGGCGGAGCUCAGGAUCUUCCGUCUUCAAAACCCGGGAGCGCGAGUGUCAGAGCAGAGGAUCGAGCUGUACCAGAUUUUAGGACACAAAGACCUGACGUCUCCGACACAGCGGUACAUCGACAGCAAAGUGGUACGAACGCAGACGGAGGGAGAGUGGCUGUCUUUUGAUGUGACGGAGGCAGUGAGUGAAUGGCUGAACCACAGAGACAGAAACAGUGGGUUCAAGCUCAGCCUUCACUGCCCCUGCUGCACGUUUGUACCGUCCAACAACUACAUCAUUCCCAACAAGAGCGAGGAGCUCGAGGCACGCUUUGCAGGUAUUGAUGACAGCUUCAUCCAUGAUCUGAAAGUGUUUAAGAAACGGCGGCACAGUGCCCGAGCUCCACACCUGCUCCUCAUGUUGCUGCCUUCCUACAGACUGGAGUCCCAGUCCCAGCACAAGACACAUCGAUCCAGGAGAGCUCUGGACGCCGCCUACUGCUCCAGGAAUGUUCAGGACAACUGCUGCUUACGGUCUCUCUACAUUGACUUUAAGAAGGACCUGGGCUGGAGGUGGAUCCAUGAGCCAAAGGGCUAUGAGGCCAACUUCUGCGCCGGGGCCUGUCCAUAUCUGUGGAGCGCCGACACUCAGCAUUCAAAGGUGUUAGGUCUGUACAACACCAUCAACCCUGAAGCGUCGGCAUCGCCCUGCUGCGUCUCCCAGGACCUGGAGCCCCUCACCAUCCUCUACUACAUCGGCAAGACCCCCAAGAUAGAGCAGCUCUCCAAUAUGAAGGUCAAAUCCUGCAAGUGCAGCUAGAGGCCCCGAGACGAGAAGCUGACCGGACUCUCUCUGCCCCUUCAUUCACUCAAACGCAGACCGACAGAGAACUCCGGCUACAUACAGACAAAGUGUGUGUACGCCCCCCUGAUUCUACUCUCAGCAGUGUUUCCACACACAGGAGCGCCGUGUUGGGCAUUACAGUUCACAUCAUACAUGGCGAGUGCCAUCAUGAAACCACAAACCUGACUUUGACCGCCACCAGAGGUGCGGUGUGGAAGUACUUGGUCACAUAGUUCACACUGCUUCAAGGAGCUCUUGCUGAGAUCUUCAUGACGAACUCAUGAGUCCAGGCCACCUUACGUUCUGCUUUUCAAAGCGUUAGGAGAUGUUUUGCAGAACGACUUUGGACGAACACACCAGCGUGGAUGUCUGUUGCUGCAAACGUCUGAGUGACAAUGUUCCUGUGUGGCCAAACAAACCCACACUGAAUCCUGUUGGAUUAUGGUCCUACAGCAGCUGAAAGAAACAUGAACAAUGGACAAUUUUUCACAAAAGGACCUGGGCAGCUUUACAGAGCCAGACGUUUUUAGAUUUUUAGAGAACUCUCUCCACAUUUGGCUGCUGACAUGAGUUUAUAAAACUGGUUUUAAUGGAAUGAAAUACAAUUGUACCAUAGACUGUAUAUAUGAAGUGGACGUAGCCACUGUGACUUCACCCGUUGGUUUAUCGACAUUAUGAAGUCCCGAGCUUGGGUUCUGGGUGGAAUGCAUUUUGUUUUUUUGGUGCGAGAAGUGAUGCUAAACUGGGCGAGAGAAUGGAUACAGGUGCAUACUCAAGUUGACAAAUUGCACAGGAAGCCCCGCCCCCAAGCUUUGUGGUCUUGAGAGCUCAACAGUGUGGUUCUGGAAAUAAAAAUCCCGUUCAUUUUCUCCAUAGCAGAUUUUUAUUAUAAGCCAUAAUGUCAUAACUAUCCAAGGUAGACUAACCACAAAAGUGAUCUUGGAGAAAAGAACUACACUUCCCACAAUGCUAGAGUGCUGAUUGACAUCUCUAAUGGGUGGCAAAGGGAAAACAUUUUUUGCGCUGAAUCAAAUGUGUUAUAGUCAGGAGUAUUAGGGUAGCUGGUUUGUGUCCAGCAUUGAAAUGUCAAUGGAGGAUUUGAACGGGGAAAUUUACUUCCAGAACAAGAGCCUCUGCAAAAGUGGACGGUCACUGUUGAGCUCUAUUUGACUCUUAACGGGACCAUUAUUUUUUCAAAAUGUCCAUCAUGCAGUGUUGAAAAAGUCUUGAAACUAGAGACCAUCUCACCAAAUCAGCUGAGCGGUAGAACCACUUUCUCAUAGACUUCGAUACGAUCUGAGUCGCCCUCUGCUGGAUGUUAGAAGAAUUCAGGUUUUAGACACUUCUGAGUAAGCUUCAGUGUAAAAAACAAACAAAAGGCCACGCCCACUUUUUUUUAUAUACAGUCUAUUGAAGCAGAAUGUGAUGAAGCCAGUUCAGCGCCUUUAGUUGUAAUGCCGCUAAUGGCCACUUGACACAGUAAUAGGACGUUUUUGACUGUGUUUAAAUGUCGUUUUAAAUGUAGAUCGCAUCAGAAAAUUCGGUCAGUAUGAGUUAACUAAGACACGCUAAUAUCAGCCAAAUAAAAGGAAAACAAGUUUAAGACAACAAAAAUAUUUGAAAUAUGUUUAAGGUAAUUUAGAAAAAGUGGAAAACUAUAUGCAAGUUUUAAUUUUUUAACUAUCAAAUGUCUGGUUUACGGCAUGUCUGGGUCACUUUGAUGAGCAAACAGACAGCCUUGUUAUAUUGUCAGUUUUCUGCACAAGGCUGGCUACACGCUAGACGGUGUCAGGUCGGAUAUUGGGUCCAAUUCAGGCAAGCCACGCCCCGACGAUAUGGGGGCGUGGCCUGAUUCGAGGCUUGUCUCAACUGAAUAUUUAUCGAAAAAUGAAAAAGUGUGAGGUGUCAAUGCGAUUAUUGUAACGCUCCCGAUCGGGUCUGAGCCUCCCCGAUCUGGAAUCAUAAAUACCAAACAUGUUGGAUGUUUACGUUUCCGGAUCGUGCUUCUCCCAACGAAUACCUGUAAUAACCAAUGAGAGCGAGCAGACCGGGAAGCGUCACCAACCCUAGAUGUUGCGUUCUUUCACAGCUCACAGACAUGGCAGCGAACAGAAAGCGCUUAUAGCCUACCGUCUUCUCAGCCAGAAUUUCAGCCAUUCUCUUUUUGUUGUUUUUUUAGUUUUUCACUGCAAAACAGAACGCACGCCAGGACAGCCAGCUGACAACGUCAUCCGUCCUCCAUGUUUGCUUUUUCUCUGAAGGCACAUGAAUUUCUGUGAGAUCUUGCAGGUCUGUCCUUAUGUCGGUGGUUGCCUUAAGUUUUUUAAAAUCAGUUAAGAUUUAAAAAAACGUCUCGUGUGUAGCCAGCCUGAGACAGUGAAGAGGAAACUCUGAAAUCACCUUCAGGUGGAAGAACACACGAGAUGUGAUGAAUCAUUAGCAGUGGUUUUAAAGGCUUUAUAUGUGAUUUUUCACACUUAAAUGUAGAAAUCAAGUAUAUCUUCUGAAAAUAA